AGAUGCCAUUAAUCAUAUGAAAAUAUGACAUAUCAAGACAGAAACUUAAUUAAGUAAAGGCUUGGAAUGUUCCUGAAUAUAAGGUAAUUUGAACAUCUCUGGUCCAGUAGAGAAGAUAGUAUUGCUGGACUUUUGGAAACAAGCCAGGCCAAGGGGAGAAAAUAUCAAUGGACGAAUAUCUAGGAAACAUCAAUCGUAAUAUCAAAUGGUAUAUUAUAGCUAUGGGAAAACGUAUGGGUCACUUCAAGGUAAAAAUAGUCAGUUGGCAAAUUAAUAAUUCAAAUUUUGUAAUUCCUUUACAAAUAGAGUAAGGAAGAGAUAAUAUACAUUUUAUAAAACACUGCUAUAGUCGCAAGUAAAAUAUUGCCCUAUAUUGUACAAUGUGUCUUAGAAAUGCUGUGGGAGAUGUUUAUGAAAAUAAUUCCAAGGAUCAGAGUUGGAGUUAUAUGUAUGGAGUGGAGAAGUUGAGGUUGCUCUCCUAGUAUCAUAGGAAGUUGUAAGGAGAUCUGAAGAAGGUAUUAAAAUCCUUAAAGGGUCUGAGCAGAGAAAAUGGAAGGAAACUGUGCUCACUGUUUGAGGGGUGAAGAACCAAGUGUCACCAAUGUUGGUGGUUAUCAAGUGAACAAGUGACAUGAGGAAUAAAAUUUACUUGUAAUGCACUAUAUCAGUGGAAACAGGUUCAGUUGUGUGUAAAGGGAGCUGGACGAGGAUUUGUAAAUCACUUUUUCCGAGCUAUAGGGACUGAAUGGGAUUAGAUGGAUUUUGCAUGGAGCUGGUACCAACUUAAAUAGCCAAAUCACACCACCCUGGUGCAUUUUGGAAGAUGUAGCGAUGCAACUGGAAGUAACUGUCAUGGUUAAUCCAUGCAGUUUAAAUGUUACACUUAUGAGAUUUAAAUUCUUUUGGAUUGCUAGUUUGGAGCCAUUACUGUUGAAUUUGAUUAUCUGCACGAGUCAACUUUCAGACUGAGUUGAGUAAAAAGGGGAAAAUACAAAUUUUGAAAAGAAAUCUGAUACCAGAGAAAAAGAUAAAAUUGAAGUUUAAAGCUAAAUGUGAUGUAUUGAACUCAAAACACAGAUAGAAACAUUUAAAACGUUUACCAUUACAAUGCCUAUUAUGUAAGUAGCAAAGGCUCACAAAGUACUCAUCUGGCUGAUAAAGCACCACAUAAUAUCUGUUGAAGAGUCUGCAGUUCUGGCAUUGGCCUAAUCCACUAUCUCAAAGCCCACAACACUGGAGCAGAAGAGUCAAACCUAAUCCCAAGAGAAUAGCUAAGAAGACUAAACAAUAAAAUAAAAACUAAAGAACAAAAUAACUUAAAAAUAGAAAAUGCUGAAAACACUGAGCAGUUCAGGAAACUUGCCACAUUCUGAUAAACAACAAUGAAAAAUGAACUGUACUUCUCUUCAUGGUUGUUGCUUGGCUUGAAUAUUUACAGUAUAUUACUUUUAUUUGUGAUUUACUGUGUUUAAAUUUGUUUUGCUUUUCAAUUUAUUAUUUAUGUCCAUUUUUCUUGAGGUAAAUACGUGCUGAAGUGAGCAUGAAUGCCAAAUCUGAAGUCACCAAGAAAUUGAAACAUUGACUUUCUUAGUUUUAGAAAACAUUUUACCCCACCCCUUAUGAGGUUUAUAGUAGCAACAACAUUUGAGUAUUGACCGUAAGAAGCAAUUCAGCUCUGUCGAAGAGCACUUCAUCGCAGCCACACAAGCUGCAAUAUAGACAAGGGAAACCGUCAGAAUAGAGCAGGAAGUCAAGAUUAAUCGUAGAUGGAUGGUUUAAAUCACCAUCAACUGUUCUAUGGAUCAGUCAGAGCAGGUUGAGAUCUGUUCCUGUCUGCAAGGAGAUUAAGGAUGAGCUAGGCAAACAGUACCAGGCCCUGCUAAGCGUGGCCUUUGUUAAGUUUGAAUUUGGCUAAAUUAAUUACUGUUUAAUUGAAUAGUAGAACAAUGUCACUUUAGAUGGCACCAUUUUUUAUUAUCAUCAGUAUUGGUGAUACUUGUUGAAUUGAGCACUAGAACUUUGUUGGUGGGAUUUCCAUCUUUAUGCAAGUAAUCUGCUGAGAACAUUGAUGUGUACAAACUUAAUUAGGAUGUAAUAAAAGGAACUGAAGAUGCCGGUUUAUACCAAAUAUGGACACGAAAUGCUGGAGUAACUCGGUGGGUCAGGCAGCAUCUCUGGAGAAAAUGGAUAGGUGAUGUUUUGGGUCGGGGGAAAGGAUGGGAAUUGUCCAUUUUUCUGUUGAAACUCUAAUAAACUUCAGAUUUUAGUAAUCUGAAGUAAAAGCAGAAAAUGCUCGAAAAAUCAAGCUGACGACAGGUCCCAGACCUGAAAUAUUAACUACAUUUUCCACAGAUACUCCCUGACCAGCUGAGUUUUCUCAGUAUUUUCUAUUUUUGUUUGCCAAAGGAUGAGCUUUUGUUAAGAAAUGUGUGCAGGCAUUGCAUGUUUUGUAAUUGCUGCUUAAAAAAUGUAAAUUAUUUUCUCUAACUCUCUUUCUGGGCCUUUAAUACCAAAGAUCACCCUGUAUCAAUUAACACUUCCUGUAAUGUGCUGAAUCAAUUUCCUUCCUUAAUGCAUUUUUCUGAAGUCCGUUAUGAAUUUUCACCACUUCCCAUGUUCUAUAAUCUUUUCACCGAAUGUGCGUGUCUGACAUUAGCCCCAUCUAAAAUAUAUUUUGGUUAAUCUCUACUUUCAUUAAUUGUCUUUUGUACAAAAUUAAUUUUACUGUAAACAGGAUCAUGUUUGACCAAUCUAGAUCCAUAUCCCAUACGUCUUAUAAACAAUAUAUUUUAUAUAACUUUGUCAAUCUUUUCUUGCAUAACCGCCUAGCUGUCCUAAAUUCAUUCCAAUAAUAUUAAUUUUACUCUUUUGAAAGUAAUUCUAUUAUAUGUAAGUCAUUAUGCAUUUAGAACAGAGAGGAAUUGCAUUGUUAUUUUUUCGCACGCUUAUUUUGAACAUGACAGUCUGAAUAAAUUACUUGGAUGUGGAUAGAAAUAAACCAGGCCUCGCAUUGGAUACAUUACCGGGAUAAAUUGACAAGAGGCAUAUGAUAUAAAAGACCUCGGUGUUAACAGUGCCAUUCAAUGGAAUUCACAAAUUGUUCCCCAAAAAUUUGAGAUGUGGAUUAAAAUUCAAUCUUAAGGAAUUGACAUUGGAAGUAAAUAAACAAUAAUGUUGUUUCUUCUUUGCCAUGUCUUCUCCAGCCUGAGGACAUGUGACCAGAUGCGCAGUUCAUUUGCAAAGCAUUUUCUCUGACACUGCAUUGCACUUGUCCAUAGCCAGCUCUUACACUGGCUCCUUAAAGUAAUCCUUGUCCACUUCUAUUUAGUGGCCAUGUUCUAACCCAUUACCCUCUUGAACUCCAACACCACUUUUCUCCCAUGAACCUUGAUUCUCGAAUCCUAAUCCUUUCUGUGUUAUUCCCGCACUUUCCUAAUCCAUGAGCAUCCAUCCUCAGUGUCUAACGUUGUCUUUAAUUGUUAAGUAAUAACAGUAGAGCAUAUUGCAGAUAACAUUGCUCAAUAUGGGAGAAAAAUAUCACAUGGAAAUGCAUCUCCACAUGGGAUUUAGUUUUUUAGUUUAGAGAGAAAGCGUGGAAACAGGCCCUUUGGCCCACCGAGUCCGCACCGACCAGUGAUCCCAUCACAUUAACACUAUCCUACUACUCGGGACAAGUUAUGCAUACAGCAAACCAAUUAACCUACGUACCUUGUGUCCUUGGCGUGUGGGAGGAAACCUAAGAUCUCUGAAAAAACUCACGGGGAGAACGUACAAAGUCCGUACAGACAGCACCCAUAGUCAGGAUUGAACCCGGGUCUCUGGCACUGUAAGGCAGCAAUUUUAUACCGCUAUGCCACCGUGCCUCCCAAUUUGUUGAGAAAAUUUGCAUUAUGGUAAAUCGCAGAUGGUUCUCUGAGAGCGCAUCCUUCCAUAACAUGGAUCACCUGUACAAGUUAUCUUAAAUCAGAUUCUCUUUUUUGAAUACUUUGCGCAACCUGCCUCUAUUACUUUAUCCAGCUGAUACAGUGUUAAUUCUAAAUACGAGCAUUUCAUUUCAAAGCACUAGUGUUUCAUACUUCUCAUUAAAUUGUUCGAUGGUGUAGAAGGGUUAGAUAAAAUGGAAUAUUGGCUAUGUGUCUUUUAUGAAUAGAGUGGCUGUACAUAGUUUGCUCAUUUUUUCAGUAAUUACUGUGAUUAAAAACCUAAUUGCCAUUAAGUCGAAACCUUGCCGCAUUUGCCAAAAUGUUGAAUGAGGAACAUUGAAUGAGAUUUUUAAACCUUUUCUGCAUGUCAAACCAUUAUAACCUUUAUAGAGAAACAGUUAAAAUGUGCCUCAGAUUUUAUUAGAAGGGUAUUUGCAAUAAAGAAAAUAAUGUUUUCCAAGGAGCAGCAAAUACUGGCAUUCGUGAGAUGGAAUUUUUUUUGGUGCAUGAAAGAUGACCACUGUUCAUUACUUUUUCAUGUAUUUAUACCGUUGGACUGAAUAGUUCCUGGAAUGGCACUUGUGGCUGGCAACUAAUUAGUCAUUUUGGUCUAUUUUACUUUCCUGACCAAAAUUAUGAAACCUAAAAAUAUAAUAUCUGAAAAAUUUACUAUGAUUUAAUGUUUUUUUUGUUAAAAGACGUUAUAUUCUGUUAAAAUAGCUGGGUUUUUUUCCAGUGUAAUUUAAUAACAAUGAUUUAGCAAUAUAAAACAUGGUUCUUUUUUAUAAUGCAGUUUAACAAUAGUUUUGAAAAUGAUUGAACUACGUAUGAGAAUCUUUGAGGGAUCCAAAGCCUGCCAGCAUUUUAUAAGACAGGGUGUGUUUGGCUCCAUUGUAUCUAAGUUGGCCUUUUCCUAAAGAUAUCUAAAAUGAGCCGCACUACCCUUCUGCUGACCAAGUUCAGAGGCUUUCAGAGGUAAAAACUGGUUUUGCAGUAAUAUUUUCCCUAUGUAUUCUGUUUCUCGUCUUGACCAAUCAAGCAAAGGAAAUUAAAGUAUAGAAGAGGGCUGGUGAAAAUAAAGAUGAAAGCAGAUAACCAGUCAAUAAAUCAAAGGAUGGAGAGUAAAUUUAAAUUGUACUAAAAUGCAGAACUUUCAGCAGUUCAUUCCAUGGCUUAUUAAAUAUCAGGAAAGCGCAAAAAUAAAAAUGCUAAAAUUGCAUUCAAAUAUACAUUUGAAGAUGUUUUGAUUGGUCAGACAUGGGGUUCACUUCAUCUAGUCACGUCAGCCAUGAAUUGUUUGAUCGUCCAAUUCAGUAGAUGGAAAUGUGCAGAAUGGUUAGUUCACAUGUAUCAACAUAAACAAUUGUCCAUGUUCAUUUUAUUAUAGAGGGAAGGUUAGUGGGAAGCUUGACAACUACCUUUCCUGAUCAAUUUUAAUGUGAUGGUUGAUUAACAGAAUUAAGCAAAUACUAUAUGCUAGUUGUUCAUGAUUACAGAUUUCCCUUAACAAAUAGCUUAUCUCUGUUAAAAUCAGCCCGGCCUUCCUCCUUCCCUUGUCCAUCGAGCACAUCAUCAUUGAAUUUGCUUCCCUGUGUAAUACAUCCAAUAUCUACCAUGGAAACUCCUCAUCACAUCUAAUUUCCUUGCUUAAUUAACAUUCAUCAAUCAUGUUUGCAAUAAAGCUGGCACAUAUAUUCCCUUGACUGUAAGAAUUGAGUCCUCUGUCAUAAUCUGUCAUUGCUACUUUAUUAGAAUUUUCAUAUCCCUUUUUCCUAACAACUUUGUAACCAUUGCAUGCCUUUCAGAAAAAAAGCAUCUGUGUCUCACCACAUUGAUGCAACAACAGGGCUUGCUGGAGUUCUUCAGAGGACAGUUAAGAGUCAACUGUAAUGUGGAGCUGCAGGCAUAUACUCUUAACUGUUUACAAAAAAAGGAGCUUAAUCUCAAAGAAUAUGGUUAUUUUAAGAUUUUCAUAGAUGAACAUCUAUCAAAGGCCUGGUGACCAAUCCUGGGCGGAUUGCAUUUCCUCAAAAUGAAUAAAUCUCGGAUCUUCCAGUUCUGUGGCAUUAUGGCCUGUGUAUUUAUGAUUCUGUUGAUCAUAUUUUAUUGGGAUGAUGUUGGAACAGCUCAUUUCUAUUUGCACACAUCUUUCAUAAGAAUCCAGGCCACACAUCCUACCAUGACAAACCAAAACCAAGACCUGUCAAAUUCCAAAAAGACAGCGGGGGAGAGAAUAACCAAUUCCGGGGCUACUAUUAUUCAGGAUAAUCUGGAAUUAAUGUAUUUGGAAAACACAAAAGGAUACAAAGGAGAAGAAAGUUCCCCCAAAAUGGAACAAGCCUUCGAUGAUAUAUUUCAGCCUAAUUUUGAUGAAAAGGUCUUUGAGCUGGAAAUCAAUUCUGCGAAAACCAGCAAUGAAUUAGAACAAAUACAGAGUGAGAGGAGGCAGAAUAUUGAAGAUGCUUGUAGCGACUCCAGUAUCAUGUUCUCAGGAAAAAAUAGGAAAUUUGAAGAUAUUCCAUCUAGAGAACUGGACCAUCUAAUUGUGGACGAUCGACAUGGGAUUAUUUACUGUUAUGUACCAAAAGUAGCCUGUACUAAUUGGAAAAGAAUCAUGAUUCUAUUAAGUGAAAGUCUUUUAAAGCAAGGCAUUCCGUAUCGCGAUCCAUUGGAAAUCCCCAGGGACCUUGUGCACAACUCCACCAGCCAUUCCACCUUUAGUAAGUUCUGGAGACGCUAUGGGAAAUUCUCAAAACAGCUAAUGAAGAUCAGACUGAAAAAGUACACCAAGUUUCUCUUUGUGCGUGAUCCGUUUGUAAGACUGAUUUCUGCAUUCCGCAGCCUAAGUUUGCAGUUCAAAAAUGAUCCGAUUUGCAAGACUGAACUGUAUUUCUGCGAUUCCGCAGCAAUCAAGAAUCAUUCAGUUCAAAAGAGCAGAGUGAGGCAGGAUAUAGGCUGUGUCACCCCUGAAUUUGAAGAUUAG